CACACACACACACACACACACACACACACACACACACACACACACACACACACACACACACACACACACACACACACACACCCCUUCCUUUCCUCCUCAUAGCCCCAGUCCCCUGUCUUUACGCAGCAUCAGAUAAAGUUCAACACAUCUCUCACUCACGCUCGAUUUCCUGCUGGCUUUUCAGUGUUUCUGGCAGCACGUGUAAGCCGAGAGGACGCUCAUCCCUCCGCAGCGUUUUCACUCUGCUAAACAUAACGAAGCAAAUAAACUGAUCCCUGUUUAAUCCCCCCCCUUCUCCCUCUCAUUCCGGUCCUUGACUCUUGCCUUCCUUCUCCCUGGAAAAUCCUGUGUAUCUGUCUCCCUGUCUCUUCAUUUCUCUGCAUGUCCGAUGUUCAACCCCCUCCUCUUUUUCUUCGUCUUCUCCCCAUCCCCCCCGUGCAUGUAUCUGUCUUUCCUUCUCCUUCUUUCCCCAUCCCUCCCUUCCUCCUAUAUUUCUCUUCCUCAGCAUGGACCUUCAGAAUUGUCAUGGGAAGGAAUCAAUCUGUCCAUGGAAGACACCACGUCGAUCCUGCCUCGGCUCAAGAGGAACUCUAAUGCGUACGGCAUCGGGGCUCUGGCUAAUGCUUCUCUGUCAGGUGUGUCAGGUGUGAGCCGCACGAUGAAGGAGCGAGUGACGAAGCCCACCGGCAUGGCGCAGGGUCGCGUUGCUCACAUGAUCGAGUGGCAGAACUGGGGCAUGUCGACGGUGGGACCAGGAGGCGUGCCGCUGCCCCGGAUCACCACCGAGGAGCGGGAGAAGGAGCGGCGGCUGGAGAGCGACGCCUACAGCGACCUGAGUGAAGGAGAGAAGGAGGCGCGCUUCACUGCAGGGAUCCUGCAGCAGUUUGCAGUCACCGAGGCGACGCUCAUAGCCUGGGGCUCGAUGGACGGAGAGAGCACGCGGUCGGGAUCAAUGAUGGGCAGCGUGGCCCGUCUGAGCGAGGUCAACCAGGAGAGCAUCACCAGUCGAGAUCAGAUCUUGCACCACUCCUCAGCGGAUGUGUGGCCCCACACUUACGUCUCCCAGGGCCACUACUGCCUCUCCUCGUCCGACGCCUGGGAGCCCAUGAACAAAGACUCCUCCGGCGUGAUGUCCUCCCCGGCCGGCUCCUACGUCCUCGGGCCUGAGGGGUACGAGGGCCAGGUGGCGGGGUGCUUCCUGUCGCAGCAGCAGCAGCAGCAGCAGCUGACGCUCCAGCAGCAGAACCAGCUGCAGCAGCUGCAGCAGAUCCAGCAGAUCCAGAGCUACCAGCAGCAGCAACUGCUGCAGUACCAGCAGCAGCAGUCUCUGGAGCAGCGGCUGCACAGCGCCAACCAAUCUUUGCAAGCUACGCCCAACAGCACCAUCCACAGCCUGGUGCACCCGGCCCGCCCCCCGCUGGUGGACCUGUGGAACAGCAUGGAGGCCUACCCCACGGAGAGUGGGGGCUUCAUGGGGGUGGCGGUGAUGGUGGAGCCCAGCCUGUGUGUCCCGUCUGUGGAGGACAUGGGGACGGAGCACUCCCCCCUCCUGGAGCAGCAAGAGGAGGAGGAGGAGGAUGAGGAGGAGGAGGAGGAGGUCCAGGAGGAUGAGAGGAGAGUGUGCAUGGAGCCGGAGCUGGCCUCGUUGACUCCCCCCCGGCACCAAGGGGACGCCUCCGGUGGCAGUAGUCCGGGGCAACCACCUGCAGAGCCAAUCACAGAGCGGAAGUCCUCGGAUGUCUCCUCCAGCCUGGUGCAGACGCUGGAGAAGGAGGAGGAGGCGCUCAGCCCGGGAGCCGCCAUGACAGCCAACUGAACAGACUCCUCAUUACAAACUGACCCGGAGUCAGCCAGGAAUGAGCGUGACAAUACAAUAUAUAUCUAUUAAUCUGUUCCUUUCAGGUAUCAACAACUUUGAGAUGGAUUCUUCAGAAAGUGAGAAACAGAUUUUCUGGAGGUGGACACACAAUGAGACAAAGACAGCUGAUGCAACAAAGGACACCUGUUUCUUUUUAAGCCUUACAUCCCAAAGGUAAACGAAGACGAGGAAGAGGAGGAGGACUGAUUGGACGUUCCUAAUUGGAUAGUAAAACCACGUGGAGAUGAAGAGGAGGGCAAAUAAAAAUAUGCAUGCUUUUUAAGAGGACAAGCAAAGUCGACCCUGUCAUCGUCUUAUAACAAUAAUGAAAAUCUAUCAUAAUAGGACAUUAUAAUAAGAAUCAUUUUUGUAAUAAAGCUACAAAAAAAGAACAAAUCUAUGUAUAAGUGUAUGAUAAGAUAUAACAGUUUUCCCACAGGAGAACUACUCUGUUUACAGCUGUAACAUAUUAGUGUUUAAUCAAAUACAUUUUCAUCCAACACACGCAGUAUACUUUCAAAAAACGGCAAACAGUUCCACAUGUUAGGCUCGUGAAAUGCAUUUUAACCCUGUAGAGUAAGAUUUUGUGGCCGAGGCACAACCCAGGGACACGUCCUGCACAGAAAGGAUUGUACUGUAAGAAAGUGUGCUUCCUGCUGUCUCUCUGUAUGCAUGUUUCUUCAGAGCACUAUGGAGUACCUGUACUAUACAGCACUGUAUAGACGCUGCACUGAACCAUAGUAUCGCAGGGGGAGUAAAGAAAGAGCUGCAUUAUCUCUUUUGCACUGAUGCAAUCCAGCAGAUCAGAGGCUGCCUUUGGACUGUUGACGGUACCCAACCAAAACCGAGCCACUUGACAACACGAAACCCUCAGCUGCUUCUUAUUUCGUUCCUUCAUAGAUGAGUCGAGGAUGAUAACCACUAUUUGAAUGUACUGGAAGAAGGCAGAUGGCAGUACAAGAGUUUCUCUCCUCGCCGUCCACAUGGAGUCACACACACACGCACGCGCGCACAUACGCACACACGCGCACACACACACAUACACACACGCACAUACACACACGCGUGCACACACACACACAGAGAAUACACACAAAUAUCUAAAUUGUAACCAGCAAUAGGCAGACAAACACCGGCGUCCCAACAGCCCGGUGUUCACGCUGUCGUAUACAUGUAGAUGUAAAUAGUCUGAGUAUAUAAUAAAAAAUCGCCUCUUACAUGCAGUCACAAACUGUUCUACUACAGUAUGAUUUCUUUAUUUUUGUACACAUCUCAGUCCCACUUUAUGGCGGAACGCUCUCCAGCUUGCGACUGAAUUUAGUUUUUCUUACCACUUACACAAAGAUUUAAAGAAACGGAGGAACGUUUGUGUGGGAAGCAGAGCGAUGGCUCCAACUGGAGAGUCUUUCAUCGGGUAAAUAGGAACGGUAGUAGAUAAAGGAGGGGGAUACAGCCCGUGUGCUGCUUAAUCAGCCAAUCAGGGAGCAGGGAACUAGGCGCGAACAGUAGAGCCGAAACAGAUCGGUGUCUUCUUCCUGUGAUUUCUGUGAAGCUGCCUGGAGAGUGAUAGGGAUUCUGAUGUUUGAGGAGGCAUGUUUUCAUUUGUGUUUUCCUUUCACUCACCUGAGGAAAGAGUGUUUCAGCAAAGAGGAAGAGGAGGAGGGGAGUUAAACAGACUUUCUGUGCAUGACGAACUUUACGACACACUGUUCUCACCUUUUUCUUUUCUCUGUCGGGGAGCUCCUUCUCCUCUCACUUCGAUGAUUGUGUGAGACACUUUUAAGACAAACUAACAACAACAAAAAGCAGUUGAAUUAAUGUAUUUAUUGAUUGCUUCUUUAUGCAACGUUGGGGGACAAUGUUUAUUUUUCUACGGACUUGUUGAAAAUCCCCUCAGGUAAAAGUUAGAAUAGUUGUCAUGGUUGUAAAGCCGUCUUGUUUCAGUCUGGUUUUGAGCACUUUACACGAGAAAAAAAACACUUGGAGAUUUAGAGAUGGCUAGUUUGGCAGCUCUCGCUUAUAUCAUUUUAUUUCAAGAAUCCCUGUUUAGUGAAAACACGAGGGCUCAAAACUGCAAACAGAAUGUCUUUACACAGUGGCACAUAUUCAUUUAUUUAUUGAACAAUUACUUGGCGGGGAGGAAUAAUGUGACGGCUUGUCCUUUGUGAGUCAAUGGUGUGUUGGAAAGACCCUUUCCUUUAUAGCCUAUGUGUUCAUUGUGACGAAGAAUUUGGCUUCUUUUUUGCCAAAAUAUUUCACGGACACAUGCAUGGACUUGAAGGACACUGGGUUGUUUUAUUUUUCAAAAUCUAAAUGAAUGAAUAAACUUAUAACAAGAAGCCAAAUAUAUUUCUGUGGAUGUUAAAGGUGUACUGAUCACGUCUUUGGUUCGCUCUUUUUGUAUAACCCUACUGCCAUCUUCCAAGAGUUUCCGUCACUUGUCGCUCAAAAUCUGCUUCUGGUAGGCUGCCUUUCUCCUUCUCUCUCCUUCUAUCUCUUUGUAUCUGUUCUGUACAUGUGUGUCUGUCUGUAUGUCUGUCUGUCAGUGUUCAGUACGUCGUCUUGUUGGAAGAAUCACUGCCUGAAAAGAGAAAAAAAAGGGGAUUUGCUGCAAUCAGAGAUAUAUCAUUUGCUAACUGCUGUAAAAAAAAAAAAACAUUGGGUAGCUUCUGUAAAAGUCUGUAUAAAAUUGGAUUUAUUUGUCUGAAAUGAGAUGGUGUAAUACAGUGUACACUCACACCUAUGCAUGCUCGUUGGACGGUUGUCACAGGAUGGUUCUUCCACGUGGUUCUCCCCCUUUCUCUCCUCUUCUGUCAACAUUUCUCUUCCUUUUUCCUGCACGACAGAACCUCCUACACCCCCUCCAGCGCCUUUACCUGUCUCCUCUUCUUUCCCUCUGGUGGAGAAAGAGCAAAUAAACAAACCAACAAAUGGUGUUUGAUGUG